AUGCAUCACUGCGUUGUCAAUGCAGUGGACAACAAACAGCUGAAGAAAGUUCUCAUGAAGUGUAAAGAGGGUGCGUCUUUGAUCACGAGUUGUCAGUAUUCGAAGGCCACGAAUGUUUUCACCAAACAGAAGCCAAUGAUGGAGUCCAACUCGUCCGUCGCUUGGGUGGUAGCGAAUGGUCUCGGCCUCGCCUUACAUCUGAGCGGGAGCCUCCAUGCCGCCGACCAUGAGCUGAAGAACGCGUUGAGAAACUGCGAGUCGCUCUCAUCGCAGGGAUACACUCAUGACGCCUACACGGACUUGGCCGGGUGCCUCAACGACCUCGCGGUGAACGAGAGCGUCAUGCAGCUGGAGGAACCCUCUAGCCAGCCGGUAAAGCGCAUGAAGAGAGCUCGCUACAUGGCGGAGAGAGCAUACAGACCCAACCAGCUGGUCCUGCACGGCUUGGACUCAAACCUUACUCUCCUACAAGCGAAAUCAAGCUUGCAAGAGGCCAAGUUGCUAGCAGAGAAGAACGUGAAGGCUACUUCUUUCUUCUCGCCCAAGAAAGACAAUCGCGACAACAACGAGUUGAGAUUCCUGCACGCCAAGAACCUGGCAAUGCUGGCUGACCUCAGACACAAGACUGGCUCGAUCGAAGAGGGGUUGGAGACGGCCGAGCGGGCAAGGGAGAUGCUCGAAGUAGAGGAACCGUCGGAUGUGCUGGAAGCAGCGAGAACUUUGAACGUGCUCGGGAAUCUCUUCUGGACUGCAGCCUGUGUCAAGCGGAAGGUAGGACGAGGGACGGGAGCGGAGCAGCAGGAGGUGAACGCGGGCAGGGUCUAUGAGCGCUGCCUUGCGAUGAUGGGGGACGCUGGAUUCCGGAAGAGCCAUCCCGACUAUCUUGCAGUCUGGACGAACUCGUUGGUGGUGAGGCGUUGGACGAGGGGGUUCCAAGAGAUCGAAAAGGAGAGGUUGAGUUGCCUUCGAAGCGUCAGGUUGCGAGGGAAAAGUUUCACUGAGAAGGAUCAGUGGACGUGUAACAUCCACGACAGCCUCUUGAAGAUAGGGAAGGAGGCCUCAAGGAAACAAGAUGAGUCGUUCCAGGCCUUGAUCAGCAUUCCUCCCUUCAGGGUGGGCUUUGGGUUGUUCGACGUGGUGAAUUCGCUGGAAGGGAAGAAGUAA